GUAAGUAGAUUUUAUAAUUUUCUUGAAUUAUUUUUUUCAUAUAUUUUUGUAUUUUUUUCCAUAUAUUUUUUUGCAUUUAUGUUUUCUUAUUAAUCAUGUAACCUCAGUAAUUCAUUUUGAUGAUCACCUUGUUAUUGGUGUUUUUUCCCAUGGAUUUUCAUUACCUUCAUACAUUUUUUUUUUCUAUUUGGCCAUAUUCACAUUUCAUAUAUAUAUAUAUAUAUAUAUAUAUAUAUCCAAUUGGAAUAUUACUGUUUUUCACAUCUUCUUCUUCACAAAACAUUUGUUGGUUCGGGCGUAUGAGUGUAAGUUCGAUUACGAUGACUAUCUGGUUCGAGGAUUCCUUAUGCGUUGCUUCAUGUGCUGAGGAUAUGUGAAUGGAUUCAGCAAGAGGUUGGUUCCAGAAAUUGUCAUCAACCAAGAAGGAUCCAAUGGCCGGUGAUGGCAAGCCACCAUCAGCCGAUGAGGCCUCCACUCUGACGAAGAAAAGGGUUGCUGCAGCAAAGCAAUACAUCGAGAAACAUUAUAAGGAGCACAUGAAAAACUUGCAGGACAGAAAAGAGCGUCGAAUUUUACUAGAAAAAAAGCUAGCAGAUGCCGAUGUCUCUGAGGAAGAUCAAAACAACCUACUGAAAUUUUUAGAAAAGAAAGAAACUGAAUACAUGCGACUCCAGAGGCAUAAAAUGGGAGCUGAUGAUUUUGAGUUGUUAACGAUGAUCGGAAAGGGUGCUUUCGGAGAGGUCAGAAUUUGUAGAGAAAAAACAACCGGUCAGGUGUACGCGAUGAAGAAGCUUAAGAAAUCAGAAAUGCUUCGUCGAGGACAGGUUGAGCAUGUGAAAGCUGAAAGGAAUCUUCUCGCGGAGGUGGACAGUGAUUGCAUUGUCAAACUGUAUUAUUCUUUCCAAGAUGACGACUAUCUAUAUCUCAUUAUGGAAUAUCUACCCGGUGGGGAUAUGAUGACACUACUCAUGAGAAAGGAUAUAUUAACUGAAGACGAAGCCAGAUUUUAUGUUGCGGAAACUGUUUUAGCAAUUGAAUCUAUCCAUAAACAUAACUAUGUACACAGAGACAUUAAGCCUGAUAACCUGCUACUCGAUAGAUAUGGUCAUUUAAAACUAUCAGAUUUUGGACUAUGUAAGCCUUUAGACUGCAGUACGCUGGAAGAGACGGAUUUCUCAGGGACAGAUAGUGCCAAUGGAAGUUCCAAAAGUGAAAGCCCUCCGGCUCCUAAACGUACUCAGCAAGAACAGCUUGAACACUGGCAGAAAAAUCGGAGGAUGCUUGCCUAUUCUACGGUGGGUACACCCGACUAUAUCGCUCCUGAGGUCCUAUUGAAGAAAGGUUACGGAAUAGAAUGUGACUGGUGGUCGCUCGGUGCUAUUAUGUAUGAAAUGCUCGUCGGUUAUCCGCCUUUCUAUUCUGAUGAUCCAAUGUCAACAUGUAGGAAGAUCGUAAACUGGAAAAGUCAUUUAAAGUUUCCUGACGAAGUAAAGCUAUCUCGAGAAGCCAAAGAUAUUACAAGCAAACUUCUUUGCAAUGUCACCGAGAGACUUGGUUCCAACGGCACAGAUGAAAUAAAGGCGCACCCGUGGUUUAAAGGGAUAGAUUGGGAUAAAAUCUAUCAGGUAGAAGCUGCUUUCAUCCCUGAAGUCAAUGAUGAAUUGGACACCCAAAACUUCGAAAAGUUUGAAGAGUCUGAAUCUAAUUCUCAGAGUUCAUCAAGAUCUGGUCCGUGGAGAAAGAUGCUCUCGUCUAAGGACAUUAACUUUGUCGGCUACACGUACAAGAAUUUCAAAGUCGUGAAUGAUUGUCAAGUGCCUGGAAUCGUUGAACUGGAGAAGGCAACUAGCAAGCCCAAGAAGCCAACAAUCAAAGCACUGUUUGGGGAUGAGUCAGAAACAUCAGAAGAGAACUCAUGAUCAACGAUAAGGACCGGAGCUGUUUGGAUCGCUUGCUUCAGCAACAUACGAAUAUCUUCAACUACGUAGUAGCUCGAGCUCCUUGAAAUCUUCUCAUUAGCGCGAACGCGCUACAAGUUUUGACAGUAAGUUAGAGAGUCUAUAAGGUCUGAAUAACUAUAUAUGGUGUUGAGAACAAUGGGUUAAUUGUCUACUUGAAACAAGUCCUCUUUGCCAUUUUUCAACCAUUGAUUAAUUAACAUUCUUUGUUACAAGAUUUAGAUGUAAUAAUUGAAGUUUUUAAUGUUGUAACUUAAUAUUCUUUUGCA